CGACGUUAGUCGCACCCUGCGCGACUGAGAGUACGGACCAAUCGACCGCCUAAAGGUAGUGAACUAAGUACGACACAAAUUGUGGAUCAUAACAAGUUCAAGACCCGAAUAUUUUCUUAGUGGCUAACUCGUUAUCAGUAACGGAAAACGAGGACGAUUGUGACAUCUCAAAUUUGUCAUUCUACGGUGAUACUCGAGUUUUUAAAAUUGUUUGAUUAUUUUAUAAUUUCAAUUUCGCUGACGUCAUACAAACUACAAGAUGAAGCAUUUAACGGUGGAAAUGGUGACGGUGGUUUUGCUUUCGGCAACGAUUACAGUUGAUGCAGGGACGCGGCCCGGCUUUGUCUCUGAUGACAUGAUAGCAAAGGCGUCUAGUGUCGUGAACGCUUGUCAAACACAGACAGGAGUGACUACCACUGACAUCGAAGCUGUGAGAAAUGGACAGUGGCUGGAAAGCAGGCCUUUAAUGUGUUACAUGUACUGCCUUUGGGAGCAGUUUGGCUUGGUGGAUGACAAACGAGAACUCAGCUUGAACGGAAUGCUAACUUUUUUCCAACGGAUGCCAGCGUAUCGGGCAGAAGUUCAAAGAGCUAUCCGCGAGUGCAAGAGGAUCGGUAAAUACUUUGCUGGCGGUGACAAUUGUCAGUAUGCCUACACGUUCAACAAAUGCUACGCGGAAAGAUCGCCAAGGACCUACUACCUUUUCUGAGAUGGCAUCGGUAAAUUGCAGAGACUGCGCAUGAGAUGAAGUUCGCCGAAUCCUGUUGAGAUUGAUGUUUUAAUAUACAGAUAAAAUUAUUAAAAACUUACGAUAAGAAUGUUGUAACAAGUUUGAAUCUAUUGAUAUAUUCGAUGUACCAAGUGGAACAUUUUUGAGGAAUUCAGUUGAGUUUCUUUUCUGUGUAAGGCCCCUCAGUAAUAUGCAUAA